AUUGCCUUUUGCUGUUUUGCAAGAACCCUUUUGCAAGCACUAGUUGCAAUAUCACAUCACGCUAAUGUUACGGUUAAUCCAAUCGCUUUGAUUUUUUUGAAUACCAACUGCACCAUGCCCAAGACCAUUCCUUCCACAUUGGCGAUGGCCGUGCAUCGAGCCCGACAGACCCACAGCUUAUCUGCCCUGGCUAAACUGUUUGACAUGAGCAAAUCCUGGAUUAUCUAUGUUUUGGCCCGAUUUGAUCCGCACACUGGCCUGCUAAACGAUCGCAAACCAGGCGGGAAAAAACCCAGCACAACCCCCGAACAAGACGCCGAGCUCCUGCAGUUUGUGCGAGACCAUCAUCAGGGCGAUUCUAUCAGGACCAUCGCCGCGGCAUGGAACUCGCUGCAUCCCGACCGGCCGAUGUCGCGGACCAGGAUUCAUGCGCGCCUGCAAGAAGCCGCUGGCAAAUCUGCUCGGAACUCCGUAGCGUCAACCAAACGCGGAAAAGCAGCUGAACGAAAACCACCGGUCGAAACGAGCAUGGCCGCACCGUCGGAAUGUCCUCCUCCUGUUCAGAUGGCGAGUGAUCAGCGUCCUCCCUCCCUCCUUCCCCAAGAAGAUGCUGCGACAUCGGAGAUUCCUGAUAUCCCCGUGCAGCCACGAGAAGCAUGCUGCACGAAUACACAAUCACUACAGGCGCAAUUGGCUGCGUUGAUGGAGGAGAACGCGCGUCUGCAGGAGCAGUUACGGUCCAGAGACGUUGCAAUCGUCCUCCUGAAAGAGGAACUGCGACGACUGCAGUGCCCGUGUCUGCCGGUGUGAUGUUAUGCGCUGUUCUUUGUUUAAGCGUGGCUGUGUUCUUGGAUAAAUGAUCUCCGUCUAAUUGGUCUUUGAAAUAAAUGUCCAUAUUGUGACAAAAUAAUUUCGAUUUGACAGAUUGGUCAUAACUGCGCCUGUAGUGCGUCUAGUACAGUUGGUUUUAUUAUUUUUAACUGCAAGUAACU